AUGGCAGAGGUACAGCAGAAGCAGCAGAUCUCCCACAAGUUCACCUACCGCGGCGUGGACCUGGACCAGCAGCUGGACAUGUUCUACCAGCAGCUGAUGCAGCUGUACAGUGUACGGCAGCUGCGGCAGCGCCUGCUGUGGAAGCAGCACGCGCUGCUGAAGCGCCUGCGCAAGGCCAAGAAGGAGGCACCGCCCAUAGAGAAGCCGGAAGUGAAGACGCACCUGCGAUACAUGAUCAUCUUGCCCGAGAUGGUGGGCAGCAUGGUGGGCGUCUACAAUGGCAAGACCUUCAACCAGGUAGAGAUCAAGCCAGAGAUGAUCGGCCACUACCUGAGCGAGUUCUCCUUCGCUCAAAAGACCGUGAAGCACAGCCAGCUAGGCAUCGGGGCCACCCACUCCUCCUGCUUCAUCCCCAAGUAG